UUUAAAUUUAUUAGUGAUUAAUUUAUGUAUGAGAAAAGAUGAAAUGAAAUUUUCUGUAAAAUAAUUUGACCGGAUUAUCCGGUAUUCCAUUCCCCAUUACAAGGGAUGUUAUGGAAAGCUCACCUCACUUUCCAUAGAAUUUCUCAGAAGAAUUACUGAAGUCAGUGUGAGCAGAUCCAGAUCCAGAUCCCACUGGAAGAAUCUGGAAUUAAAAAGCGAUAGGGUUUGGUUCGUUGUUAAAAGGAUAGGCAGAGGCAUUUUAAAAGUUUUAGAAAUUACUUAGGGGAAGCCUAAUCAGAGAGAUCCAUGGAGUUUUUAGCUAAAGAAUACGGGUACGUAGCGUUAGUGGUGGUGGCUUACUGCUUUCUCAGCAUAUGGAUGGGUAUCCAAGUAGGGAUGGCUCGCAAGAAGUAUAAGGUUUAUUACCCCACCCUUUACGCUCUUGAAUCCGAGAACAAAGAUGCAAAGCUCUUCAACUGUGUUCAGAGAGGGCAUCAAAACUCGCUGGAGAUGAUGCCUAUGUUCUUUGUACUGAUGAUUUUGGGAGGGAUGGCUCAUCCUUGCAUCUCCGCUGCGCUUGGACUUUUUUACACCGUCACCCGUUAUUUCUACUUCACCGGCUAUUCCACCGGAGAUCCCCAGAAACGUCUCACUAUUGGGAAAUAUGGGUUCUUGGCAUUGCUGGGGCUCAAGAUUUGCACUAUCUCAUUAGCAAUAAACCUGCUCCGACAAUGAUUUUCUUUCCCUUCUAAUUAGGGUAUCGUUGUGAUCUCAUCCAUAAUUAUGUAUACAUUUCCUUUAUAUGUAUCGUAUGAGAGGUCUUAUCUAUUAUAAUGACAUCUUUUGAAUCCACUCGAAAUAAACAAAAUUUCAUUUUCA